AUGCAAAAAUCUGUUUGCAUUAAAUGCCCUGUGGGGGCAAAAGGGGCGCCAGGAAGUGAUGGACCGCCUGGAAAACCUGGCCCACUCGGAGAGAAUGGAAAACCGGGAUUACCAGGAAAGGAGGGUGAUCCAGGAAAACCAGGUGCUCGAGGCGAUAAAGGCCAAAUAGGAGCACCAGGCGAGCCUGGUGUGAGUGGAAAACCAGGGGCUUCAGGACAAGCAUCUUCUGCUAAACCUGGACCGAAAGGAGCAACAGGCCCUCCAGGGAAGCAAGGAGAGCCUGGUCUGCCAGGAGACACUCCAAAAAUUGGAGAGCCAGGCCCUCCAGGACCAAUCGGACCACCUGGCCCGCCUGGAGAACCCGGAAAGGAUGGAGAAACAGGAAAGCCGGGAGGUGUUGGUUCUCCUGGCUCUGAUGCUGAAUAUUGUGGUGAUUAA